AAAAGAAUAGGAAAUUAAAAACAAAUUACGUUAAUAAAAUAUUUUAAAAAAAUAGUUCUUCAAAUUCCCACACCCCAAACCUAUUUAAGAAAAAAAUUGGGUCCUCCAGUGGUUCAUGCGCAGCCAACCUCUUCAUCUUCUUCAGCUAUUCCUUCACCAGAAAAUCACCACGGCACCAUCCCUUCCGCCCACCUGCGCUUCCACACUUUCCUCUCCCACGUCUUCACAGUUGACGGUCGAUUGGCUUCCUUCAUAGACUUGGGCAAACCAAGAUUUCUUUCUUCCACUUUCCUUCUUAAUCAGGCUGAAAGAGAUGGUGUUGUCAGAGGAAGAAAUCACCAAACUCUUUAGAGCACGCAAAACCGUGUUACAGAUGUUGAGAGACAGAGGAUUCGUUGUUGGAGACUUCGAGCUUGCUAUGUCAAGAGAACAAUUUAAAAAUCAGUAUGGUGAGACCAUGAAAAAAGAAGAUCUUGUUAUCAAUAAAUCCAUGAGAAAUAAUAGCUCUGACCAGAUAUAUGUUUUCUUUCCUGAAGAGCCAAAGGUUAGUGUCAAGACAGUGCGAACAUAUAUAAAUCGUAUGAAAUCAGAUAAUGUUUUUAGAGCAAUAUUGGUUGUUCAAGAAAAAUUGUCCUCCUUUGCUCGUUCUAGUAUCUGCGAAGCACCUAAAUUCCAUUUGGAGGUUUUCCAGGAAGCAGAAUUGCUGGUUAACAUUAAAGAUCACGUUCUCAUUCCGGAGCACCAGUUGUUGACAAAUGAAGAUAAGAAGACGUUGCUGGAGAGGUAUACGGUGAAAGAUACACAACUACCUCGCAUGCAGGUUACUGAUCCAAUUGCUAGAUAUUAUGGAAUGAAGCGUGGACAGGUAGUGAAGAUCAUCCGACCAAGCGAAACUGCAGGAAGAUAUGUGACAUACAGAUAUGUUGUUUGAGAUCAAUACGAUAUGAGCAAUUGAAGUCAUGGUACUCGCCUACAUGGAAGCGUGGAAGUGGAUUUAGAUUUAGGCAAUUCUCCUGUAUGAGCUCAAACUAGGGAAUUCUUUUAUUUAGUACAUUCUUUUACUUAGUAGCUUCUCUGUGUUCUUUCAUCUUUCUCACAAGCAUGUAGCAUUAAAAAAUGGGUUGAUUUUGCUGCAUUUGAAAAUAAUUCAAGCAGUUUUGAUAAAAAUAAAUAAAUAAAUAAAAACUUAUUGGUUUCA